UCUUUGACAAAUGGCCGACCUGUCACUUUUCAUGGACAGACAGAGAAUAAACAUCGUGGAUGGGUUUAUUUAAAAACAUAAAUUUAAUUUUAUUCUUGUGAUAUUUUUUAGAAAAUGGACGAUAUUUGUCGUCUCUGCUGUUCCACAAAGUUCGUUAAUAACUAUAUAUUUGACGAUGAGAACGCUCUGUUUAUAAAAAUGUCUCUGUACUUGCCAAUUAAGGUAUUCAAGAACGACCAGCUUCCCCAGAAGAUUUGCGACCGGUGCAGCUGCAAAGUGAAUGAUUUUUACCAGUUCUGUAACGAAACUAUUGAAGUUCAAAACAGAUUAAAGACGCUAUUAUUAGGAAACAUUCCUGUCAACAACUCAGUAGAUCUGACAGUCAUUAAGCAAGACACGGACUCAGAGUUGCUGACACCACACUACUUACAGCAGGAGAAGAGUACACAGACAGACAGCACAGCGAGAGAGAUCAAACACGAACCGGAGAGUUUUCCCGUACACAGUGUGAUAAAGAAAGAGGAUUACGAUUCUGAUGAUUUUGCUUCACAAGAUUUGCCUUCAGAAAACAGUGAAGAUGAGUUGCUCAUCGAAUUAAAAAAAAAGAAAAGAACAAAAAAGCCUGAUGCAAGGAAUGGGGACGUCAAACAGAAGAAGAGCAGGAAGAAGAAAGAACAGCAUGUCAACUGGGACCUGGGAGCUGAUGACAUCAAGAACGUGCUGGCCAGCAACGGCUUCAAGGAAGUGCUGGUGAAGCAGGAGGCGGAGGAGCUGGACGCGCGGCGCCUGGCGCAGGACUACUGCUGCUGCAUGUGCUUCGAGGAGUGCGACUCGCGCGCCGCGCUGCUGCUGCACUACCAGACGCACGCGCGCAAGGCGGAGGCGGCCGAGCUGGCGCCGCCGCCCGCGCUCGGGGAGCCGCCGCGCUGUCUGCGCUGCCAGAAGGUGGUGCCCGCGUCGCAGUGGGCGGAGCACUGGCGGCGGCAUUUCGCGCGCGACGUGCGCCCCUACCACUGCGCCGUGUGCUUCCGCGCCUUCCGCGACCACCACCAGAUCCUCAAGCACGGGCUGACGCACUCGGCGGAGGAGCUGCGCGCGGAGGCGGAGGGCGCGGAGGAGGCGGGAUCGGGCGCGGGCGCAGACGCGCAGAAGCGCUUCGCCUGCGACGUGUGCCCCGAGGGAUUCGUGUACAUGCGCUGCCUGCUGUCGCACCGCACGCGCGCGCACCCCGAGGCGGCGGCGCGCGCGCUGCGGCUGCGCUGCGCGCUGUGCCAGCGCUCGUUCGCGCACGCCAACUCGCUGCGGCGCCACCUGCGCGUGCACUCGGGCGAGCGCAACUUCCUGUGCAGCGUGUGCGGCAAGGCGCUGUCGUCGCGCGAGCACCUGAAGUUCCACCUGCGCAUCCACUCGGGCUACAAGCCGCACGAGUGCCGCACGUGCGGGAAGGGCUUCGUGAAGAAGUGCAACCUCACGCUGCACGAGCGCGUGCACUCGGGCGAGAAGCCGCACGUGUGCUCGCACUGCGGCAAGGCCUUCUCGCAGCGCUCCACGCUCGUCAUCCACGAGAGGUACCACAGCGGCGCGCGGCCCUACUCGUGCGGGCUGUGCGGGCGCGGGUUCGUGGCCAAGGGGCUGCUGUCCAUGCACCUCAAGACGGCGUGCGUGUCGCUGCCGCCGCCGCCGCCGCCGCCGCCGCCGCUCGUGCGCGCACACAGACUCAGUUCGCGGUAACAGCGCGUGACGUCACCGCACAGCCACGUCACAAGUGUCACACGUCACAACACGCCUGUCACACGUCACUUCUGGAUGUCACACUGUCAACACGGGAACGACUUCGAGUAGACGUUAAGUGAUUCACACUGUACUCGAAUUUAUUGCGCACGAAAUGUUAUAUAAAAGUGAUUAUUUAAAUAAAAUUUAAUAAAAUAGGCUACUGAAUUUCAGUCUUGUCGAGGUGUUUCCUCUACCGCAAAAUGAUGGUACAAUCACUGUUUCUGCUACCCGUCACGUUAAAAUACGCCUCGUGAUCGUAGCAGACUCGAAACUUCGCAUACUUUAAAUCAUGUGCUACCCAGGAGUGAUCUAAACGUCAUAUUGUAUUAUAUUCGCAGUAAGAAAUCAUGGCGAACUGCUGACGUUAGAGUACCCGACACCUGUCACGUAAUACCAUAAAGUAGCUGAUAAUUGAAGUGCCUCAACUUGUGAUACAUUUUGUUUGUAUUUAUUGUGUCGGCAAACGGAGCCGCGAGUAGCUCCAUAGUGUUUGUGUAUAAAUCAUUGAAGACUUGACGUACCACCACGAUGCUACGGUUCAUGCUAUCGCGGUUAUAUUUACGAUUACUUCUAACUGCUCCUUUAACUAUUUAAGAAAUUUAAAUUAUCGAAAGUUUAUUCAUAUUAUUUUAUAAAACACAGCUAAAACUCACGUGUUGCAACGUCGGAGUAUACCUGACUAGUUUCGAACCCUUCGUCAUGAGCUGGUUCUUACAACGCAGCACGAUCAGUUGUAUCACGUGAGUUUUAGCCGUGUUUUACAAUAAAUUAAUAUAAUCGUUAAACGUUUUCGUAGUAAAACGUGUGAUUUGUUUAAAAAGAAAAAUUAGGAAGCGCUCGAUAGAACUCCAUAAUUAUUAGCUCGGACUAAUUACAUAUGGACCUCGCUAGACGUUAUUUUUCUGUCAAAGUAUAUGAUCAACGAUCUAAUGCGAUUAUAAAAACUGUCUCUAUAGUAUCGAAGUUUCAUAGUUGUUAUCGUGUUCGUCGGUUAAAGAGUUCCGUAAAACGUAAAAAUUCCUUUUUGUGUAGUGUAAAAAAUGGUUAAAGCGAAGCUCGUUUUCUUUUAAAAAUGUCAAUUUUUGUUCGUGAAUUUGGGUGCGAGACUGGUCCAUAUGUAAUUAGUCUGAGCUCUUUUAUGAUUUAUACAUCAAACGCAAAAUGUAAUGCAAAUAAUAAAAUAUAUUAUGUUUUAUCGAUAAUUGUAAAUAUAUUAAAAUAAUUGAAUAAUAAUUUUACUUUGUGGAAGAAUGAAUUAUUAUAACUUAUUUAAGUAAAUAUCUGGUUUUGAAGUGAAACGCAGGUGUUUUGUCGUGUCGGUUUAUACUCAAAAUAAAUGAAUGAUUCUUUGUUCAUAUCAAAGUAAACACUGUUCCCGACGACUUCAAGAGUCUUGUGCUACACCUGAACAAACUAAAUAGUAAUUUAUUCAAUAAUAUGAUUUAAGGUAUACAUGUUGCAACCAUCGGGUUGAAAUCACCAGCUAAUAGAUCGCCUAGGCCGUUUAUUAAACCCCGGCAUAGAAUGAAAGUGUAGGCCGAAAGUAAAUUGAACUAGAAUCGUUUAACGACCUGGCUUAUCGAAAGUCAACCUUUUGAAGAUGACAGAUCAGAGCUAAGGUCUAACAAUCCUAUUUUCUUGUGUGUCAUUUAUAAACUCAUGGUAACCCUCAUUAAACGUCAAAAUUCAUAAAUAACCACAUAUAAUUAACCGACUUCAAAAAUGAGGAGGUUUUCAAUUUGAUCGGUAUUUUUUUAUGCAUGUACACAUGAUUACUCGAAGACGCCGAGUUGUAGUUAUGUUAAUUUAAGUCGUUUUUGACGAGACCACAUGAAACAGCACUGUCUGCAAAAUCUAAAACUUUGUGAUAUUCACUGCUUGGCACCACCUUCAAACUGAUCAGCAGGUAGAACAUAAUAAUAUUAUCAUGUUAAUUUUCACUUUCGUUUAGUGGGUACGUUUGUAGGCUUUGAGAUCGGUUGUAUUUUUUUUAUUAAAAUUUUAUUUUUCAUAUACCAUGGGUAUAGUGACAGUCGCCAGUAUGACGUUCAUAAUAAGCACUAAUAACGUGAAUCGCGGCCAACUUUCAAGAGUGAAAGGAACUGUCACCCGCACCAUCCUACACGAAACGAACUGUAGUGAUAUUCAGCCAUGUUGUUAAACGGUACGAUUGGUGUUUUAACUUGUAUUUUUGCAAUAUUAUUGAAUUACGGCGUUUAAUAAACGGCCCGGGCGCCAUGUUGGCUGGCCAAUACAACCCGAUAUGCGACAUACACACACUUUACAGUGACAAGCACACAACAAUGUAGCAAAUGUGUUGAGCGAUGGGGCAGUGUAUGCGGGACUUGUGUUAAAUUGUUAAAUAAACCAAUUUUGAAAGUG